CAAAUCUUUUGUCUCCAGGGCACUCUUGAACGCUCACAAUAAGAUACACGUGGUCAACGUUAUGAUCGUUCAACCAACGUAAACGACCUAAUCGUUUUCACUAAGUGAUACCGAAAAAUUGUGAAACUUCGUCGAAAAGGUAUCACAACCGGCUACCCUUUUCCGAAGACUAUUACCCGAUGGUAAUGUUCGCGAAACUCGACCUGGUAAAGAAGGACGCGGAGCCCGAGAGGAGAUCAACCAUAACGAAGUGUCCGGAAGAAGGUGCGAGCGAAGAAGGAGGAAAUAAUUUAACGAUCGGUGCCAUUGAUGAUGGAGAACGAAAGGUGAUAAAACAGGAGGUAGAGGCUGACGACGAAGAGGAGGAUCUUUCUUUGACGUAUAACUGCAAAUUAUGCGGCGUUUUCUUCGCAAGUCAAACUCUUCUGGAGAAUCACGAGAUCGAGCACAAGGGUAAGCGUAAAAAUACUUGCGCUCAGUGCGGCCGAGUAUUUCGGACUUAUGUGAAUCUACGAAAACACAUGAAGAAGCACAACGGUCGUAAGGGGACGCGUAAAUCGAGUGGGACCUCGAUGGUUAGCAGAUCUACGUCUUUGAAGAAGGUCAAGAAAGAAAAACCAGAAUUGGAGUUACUUUGUAAGACCUGUAACAAGGUUUUCCGGCACAAGAGCAAUUACCAAAAACACUUGUUACGACAUACCGUGGGUGAUCUCACUUGCAAACACUGCCCGAAAAAGUUCCGUCUCUUUCGUGACCUCACUAGGCACGAGAAGACUCACUUCUAUCCGAGUUACAUGUGCAAGCAAUGCGACUACGAGACUACGGUGUUAGCUGCUCUUAGCAUUCACAUGUUACGGCAUACGGACAAGGCCGAUCUACCGUUUAAGUGUAACGAGUGCGACAAACAUUUCCGCAAGGCUAUCGAUUUGCAGGAACACUACAAUAUUCAUUCCGGUGAUAAGCCGUUUGUCUGUCAAGUCUGUGGAACGGCUUUCUAUCUGAGAAGACAACUCUCGGCACAUUGUCGUCGAAUGCAUCCAGAAAUGAAGGCCAACAAGGUUACAAGCACCGCUUGUGACAUAUGUGGUCGUGUUCUUGCCACUAAAAGGUCAUUGUUUCGUCACAAGGAAAGCCACAACCCGACAAAACUCUAUCUCUGCGAUUACUGUGGCAAAAGUCUCAGCAGUGCUGAACAUUUGAAGAAACAUCGGCGUAUUCAUACCGGCGAAAAACCCUAUGUAUGUGACAUCUGUGGGAAAGGAUUUACCGAUUCAGAGAAUCUCAGGAUGCACAGGCGCGUUCACACCGGUGAGAAACCAUACAAAUGCGAUCAGUGUCCUAAAGCAUUCUCACAAAGAUCGACUCUAACUAUACAUAGACGUGGGCACACUGGAGAGAGACCUUAUGUCUGUCAGAUCUGUCAUCGUGGUUUCUCCUGUCAAGGUAAUCUCACAGCACACCAGAAGUCUACUUGCGUUUAAAAAAAAAAUUAUACUCGAUCAAUAAUGACUUCAGUUUUUUUUUUGGUUUUGUUCUUUUUUUUUUAUGAUCGAUCGAAUUCGAUUUUUGGUGUCUCUGUUUUUAUCUGACGGCUAUGUAUGUGUGUACGUUUGCGUAUAUAUGCAGUUGAGUAUAUGUAUGCGUAUAUGUGUUCGUUAAACGAAGUUUAACUUACUUAUCGAUCAAAUGAAUUUUCUCCAGAUAAUUUCGUAGUUUCGUUAUCGAUUUGUAUAUUAAUUCGUACCUGUAUUCAUUUUUCUUCGAGUUUUUUCGCUUUUUUAAUGUACGUUUCGAAUCUUCGCCGUUAUUUUUUACUUUGUAAGACUGUGUUCCAUGGCUUCCUUAAUGCGUAACGCUCUAUUACUCUCUUUUUGUAUAUUCGUCACAAAUUUAAUAAUUAUCCGUUUUUUUUUUCCUUUUUUGUUUUUGUUUUCUUUAUUAUUCUUUGUAGAAAGUAUUCAUAUGUUAUAAGUUCAUAUGUUUCUGAAAAAUGAUCGAAAAGAAUUUGUAAAUUAUUUGAUUAUAUUAAUUAUUAUUAUAUUAAUUAUUAUUAUUAUUAAUAUAGCUUAAAAUAAAAUAAGAAUUACACACACACACACAUAUAUAUAAGUAUGUAUGUAUGUAUGUAUGUAUACCGAAGCAAGCGAGUAUAACUUAUCACCAUAUCGAUUUUUACUCGCGCCAGAGAAAAUGCUUUCAUUAUAAAAUUAAUCGAUCUUCUUGAGUCUUCCUGAAGAGUGUGAUCCAUCGAUCAUUGUAUAUAUCAGAGAUCGAAGAAAAUUCAAAUGCAAAAGAGAAAGUGUAACGAGUGAAUGAAAGAAAAAAAGGAAGGAAUAAUACGCAUUUUAAUCUGGGACGACAAGGAAUUGUGUUAAUUAAACUGUUUUGUGUUGAAUUAGAAUCCCUUUAAAAUUAGCUAAGAAUAAAGGAAAAUAUCUCAAUAUGCCUUCAAUCACACAACGAAGAGAUAAAUACGGUGCGUUUGAUUAUAUUCAAAGAAGAACAAUGAAGAAAUAAAUUCGUACGAAUCAAUUGUAUCAUCUUGCACAUCGUACUUGAUUUUAAUUGUGUAUUAAUGAAAAUUCUUUUUUUCUUCUGUUUUUUGUUUUUUUUUUAACUUAGGAUAUAUACGAGGUAAAUAAAAAAAUUCUCGUUCGUGAUAGUAAUCAGUUGAAUGUGUGUUAAGAGCGAAGUGUGUAUGCUUUUAGAAUAGUUGAUAACUCGAAGCAGUCACGAGAUUUUAUACCAUUAUAUACAUUUGCAUAAUGUAUGAUAAAGUGUGUGGAUAAAGAAUGGCACUAAGAUAUUGUAUAAGUGAGUGAAAGUAAUCGUAAAUUGAUAUGCUUGAAUGUAUAUAAAAAAAAAGUUUAGGUUUUAUCGUUAGUUAGUUACGAUAAUAAUGAUUAUGAUUACGAUGAUGAUGAUGAUGAUGAUGAUGAUGAUGAUGAUGAUGGUGAUGAUGAUGAUGAUGAUGAUGAUGAUGAUGAUGAUGAUGAUGAUGAUGAUGAUGAUGAUGAUAAUGAUAAUGAUGAUGUAAGGUAUGUGACAGUUAAUCGAGAUAAAUAAUAAUGCAAAGAUAAAUAAGUUCUUUUGUCGCGCCUAAGUAAAAAAAGAAAAGAAGAAAAAACCAUGAAUUCGUUUGCGUUGUACUUAAUAUUGUUUUACCAAAAAAGAAAAAAAGAAAACUGUGACGUUCCAAAAUUCGAAAUAUUUUGUAUGAUCAGCAAGUGAUCGAGAAAAAUUUUCAGAAAGAUCCAUCGUUGUCUGGUCAAUUAGAGAUUUUUUAAUUUUUUCAUUAGCUUUGUAUAAAGUAAGUUAUGUAAAGUAUGCAUAUAUAUAUAUAUAUAUUGAGAGAAAGAGAAGAAAAGAGAUUGUUAAAUAAAUUAUGAAAAUCUUCUCAGACCAAAUCCAGAAGGCUUAUUAAAAAGAACGUUGACAAAUCCUAGGAAUAAUUCCUUAUAAGAAUAAUCGAUAUUUAUUGAGGACUAUUGAGAAGAGAUAUGGAGAGAAGUAUGUAAUCACAUAAUGUUAAUGUAGAGAAAAUAAGAAAUAAAAUUGAGUACUGAAAGGAA